AACGCGUAGGAAGCCCCAAAAAGCCCUUUCUGCAACCACGACAAGGGCUCCCCACGUGCAACAAGUCCGGGCUUGGUCGCGCUCAACAGCAGAAUGCACGGUUAUUCAGAACCUUGUCGAUCAUCCAUAGCAGCGAGUCGGAAAAUUUGUGUGAUAUGGAAGCUGCCGUAUAGCUCAGACACUCGCGUCACUAAUGCAGAACUCGAUGUCGAUCGUCUCCUCAUUCCCCGAACCAUUGCGAUGAUGUCGAAGGAUGCAGCGAUACUUCCGUCGCCAAAGAAAGUGCCCUGUGUUGCAGUAACGGGAAUCGCAGCGAUUGCGGCCUAUCUCAAACGUGUUGAAUUGCUGCCGUCCAGGAUUCGUCUGGGCAACAGUCGCUAAACAGGGCAGCGGGUGUUAGCCGCAAUCUCAGCGUCGAACUCUGUUCCUGCCACCAGCCAGCUCCCCGGGCAAAUCGUGCAGCCUCCUGCAGUCGAGUCCAACGCCACUCGAUCAUCACUGUGGAAACUGC